AUUUCGCCGUUGCAGAUUAUCGAAGAAAAAUCUGCUCUGAAUUUUGUGGGAGAGAGAAAAAAGGAGAGCAGAGAGAGAUAGGGAGAGACACCGGCCGCCGAAGCUCUGAAUAUGGCCGCAUAGGGUCAGCAAAGGGAACACCCUGUCAGCGCUGGAUUGCCUCGAUUGAUGCAAGUGACUGAUGCUUGGAGUACUUUGUGCUCGUUCGAAGCCUUGGAUUCUCGUUUCCCUUUCGAAUUUCUUUCACAGCUCGGCCGCUUACCAUCACCACCACCAGCAGAACCGGUUACUCGUUCAGAGUCCUAUCCAAUUCGAUCGGCGACAGCGCCACCAUUCCAGCGCAUGCAAGCUCGCGGUCGGUGGUGCUGCUUCGAUAUGGCACGCUAUAUUGCCUUCUGGCGCCGGAGGCACUAGCGAUCUCCGUCGUCCGGCGAUUCAUUGCCAUGCGCGCAAAGGGGAGGGCUCUUGGAACGUUGCUUGGGAUGCCCGCCCCGCCCGCUGGCUUCAUCGUCCCGAUUCAGCUUGGCUGCUAUUUGGCGUCUGUGACUGUCUUGCGCCGCUCGAUUGGGUGGAUGCAAAUCAAGAGUCUGUAUCGAUAGAACAGAAGAAGGAAGGGUGUGAAUCGAACGGCAAUGAAUUUAAUCAGGACGAUGAGAACUCACCUGAUUACAGGGUGACAGGCGUGCUAGCGGAUGGUAGGUGUCUGUUUAGGGCAAUCGCUCAUGGAGCUUGCUUGAAGAGUGGGGAAGAAGCACCUGAUGAUGAUCGUCAAACAGAACUCGCUGAUGAAUUAAGGGCUAAGGUCGUGGAUGAGCUUUUAAAGAGGCGGAAGGAAACAGAGUGGUAUAUUGAAGGAGAUUUUGAUGCAUAUGUGAAGAGAAUUCAGCAACCUUUCGUGUGGGGUGGAGAGCCUGAGCUGGUCAUGGCAUCUCAUGUCUUGAAGACACCGAUAUCAGUAUUCAUGAGAGGGAGUAGCUCCGAUGGUCUGAUAAACAUAGCCGAGUAUGGUCAGGAGUAUCAGAAGGGUGAAGAAAGUCCUAUCAACGUGCUGUUUCAUGGGUACGGUCACUAUGACAUUCUGGAGACCUCAUCAGUCAAAAGUUAACUGAAGCUGAGCGUGUAGAAAUCGAAAAUGGCUUUCAAUCUCGAGUCAGGACAGACAAGUCAUUCUCAUUAGGAGUAGUAGACAACUUUCUCCAAAAGUUGAAUAAACUGCCUUAAUUUCAAUAAUGAUUGGCACCAGCAACCUUAUUUCAUCCGACUCGCUUGUACAAGUUUUGUAGGUAAUUGAUUUUCCAUUAUGCUUUUUGAAUUCAAAAAAUUGUGUAGACUUCAACUUGAUAAUGCAAUUCUGGGUGUUCUGGUGCA